AUGUGUCGGAUCUUCAGCGCCUGGUUGGUCCUGACGUUCCUCGGCCUCGCCGGAGGACACAACACCCUGCAGGAAGGCUAUGCCUUAUCCCUUUCAGGUUACCACCUGUGCUCUGGGCUGGACGCUGUGCCGGUCACCAGUCUGGUUUCCUCUCAGACUGCGUCCUCCCAGCUGAGGCCGUGUGGAGGCUGGUUGCCAUGGAAAACGUGUAACGUGACAAUUUACACCACAACGUACAAAACCGAGGUCAACUACGUCCAGAAAGAGGUGAAAAGGUGCUGCGAAGGCUUCGAGCAAGUGGGCAGUUACUGCGCUCUGACCCUGAACAGGACUGCAGAGUUCACUGCUAAACCCGGAGCGUGUCCAGUGCGGUCCGGCCCUGGACCUGGGCCUGGCACCGACCCCGGCCCUGGCCCUUGUUUACAGUGCGAGUGGGACACGGACUGUCCCGGCUGGCAGAAAUGCUGCCAGACUGAAAACACCAGCCGCUGUGUAGAGCCUCACACACACGUGAAUGCGAGCUGGUGGCUCAAUGUGACCGUGACGGUGAAGGUCGCUUUCCAUUUGGUGAACACCAGCAGUGGACUCCUCAACCACACACGACUGCUGCACUCCGUGGUGACCGGAGCUUUGAGUUUUCCUUCAGUCUCUGUGUACCAUGUGACCUCUUGGCCUGCUGGACCGGUCAGUACGACCUCCUUGCUACUGCUCGGUUCCUCUGACCUUCUGACCCAUGCUGAGACAUCCAACAGGCUGCAGCUUCUUCUGGAGAACAUUGAGGAGAUCACUGCUGUGCACGUCAGCAGUAUCUCCUCCACCACCAUUAGAGUGAUCUCUAACGUCAGCGUGGUCAGCACAGGACCGCUGCUGAAAACUCCUGUUGGGGAACCAUCACCAUCUACCACUCUGUCCACAACUCUGUCCACCACUCCAUCCACCAUCCUGUCCACCACUCCGUCCACCACAUCCUUCAUUACAACGUCCAGCACUCCAACCAGCACUCUAACCACUACUGGCUUUCCAUCUUCAGGUAAUCAGACCCUCAAUGCAGUGACCCGUCUAACCAACGUGAACUUCACGCAGGCUCUGCUGAAUACCAGCAGUGACGAAUACCGCACCCUGGCCGAGAGCAUCAUAAACGAGACUUUGCGCUCUGUGCCUCUAGACAUUCUGAAGUUGGUGCACUGUGGGAAGGUGAUAGUGCAGAUCACUGGACUCUCUCCGGGCAGCGUGGUGGUCAACUUCACCCUCAUCUUCCUGCCCAACAGCACUGAGCACAUCGGAAACGUGGCCGACUCUCUGAUGGAGUCUCUGCUGAACAGCUCGCAGUUCAGCGUCGACAGGAACAGCACUGUUAUACAAGAUGUGGAUGAGUGUUCUCUGGGACAGGCCGACUGUUCCCCCUGGGCCAGGUGUGUGAACGCCUAUGGGUCUUACACCUGCACCUGUCUGAAAGGAUACACUGACGCAAACCCCUCGAGACCUGGACACACCUGCCAAGAGAACAGCAAUGUGACAGAACCCAGCACUGCAGACCCGAACGUGACCCAAUCAUCUGCAGCUGAAACCCAGACGUCUGCGACACCGACCGGUCGUGCUGAAAGUGUGACCCACACAAGUCCUCAUGCUUUAACUACAGACACUCCCACCUCUUCUCCAGGCAGCACCAGCACGAUCUCCACCUCAACAUCACCUACACCGCCUUCUACACACUUAUCCACAUCGUCUACACAUUCAUCUACAACACUGGAGCAUCCAAACCACAACCAGACCACAGAGCCGUCUGCCACGACCGCCACUGUGUCCCUCUACACACCAGUCAUCUCCGAAACAGAGGCCAUCUCGGUGGAGUGCAGGGCCGGGUCCAUCGCCGUCUCCGUGGUGCUGCAAUUCCUGAGACUCAAAAACAUCUUAGAGACUUCGCUGUACCUGGGCCAACCAGACUGUGGCCAGAAGGGUGUGAACAGCACCCAUGUGCAGCUCAUCGUGGCCUGGGACGAGUGUGGGGCGCAGAUCCAUCGAAACAACACUGAGAACACCACGGUCCAGGUGAUGCUCCACAACAACAUGACCAUGCAGCCCAACAUUGGUCCAUUUGCGCGGCUUGAGGUGCCAGUCAUCUGUACCUACAUCAACAAGAUCAUCAUCUCCACAGGAUACGAGUCCUCCAGCUACUUGGACAUGAUCGACGGUGCAGUGCUGGGAUCAGGGACCUUCCAUGUGACCGUGCGUCUGCUGAACGGGAUGACUCCUCUACCGCAGAACUACACCCUCUCCCCCAAGGACGAGGUGAUCAUAGAGGUGGCGGUGAAUUCCAGUGUGUCCCAAAUCAAAGUGGUCAUCAACAAAUGUUGGGCGAAUCCCAGCAGCAACCCCUUGGAAUUGCCCCAGUACAUCUUCCUGGAAAACAGCUGUCCUCUUCCGAACACCUACACCACUGUGAUUCAGAACGGGAACUCCACCAGGGCUCAGCUGGCAGUGAAUGUUUUCUCUCUGGUGAACCUGGAUGUCAUUUACCUGCACUGCCAGAUCCAAAUCUGCAUCGAGACCGCGUCGGCCACCUGCAGACCUAGCUGCCUGGCGAGGAGCACCAGAAGCUCCAAUGUAAUUGGAACAGCAAAAGCUUCAUGCGGACCUCUGCUUAGGUUACAUUCAGUGACCCUCGAAGAGGCUAUUCAGGGAACGCGCAUCAUCGGGUUCGUUCUGCUGGGAGUCGGCCUGUUUGUUUUCUUCACCGUUGGCGUGGCAGCACUGUUGUACUACAGAAAGAGGAUGGGGAACUACAACUUUCGCUUCAAACCCCGUCUGGAGAACUUCACCUACCACGUUUUUGACAAAUAGAUGUUUUUUCAUAUAAUGAGGCUUCAGACAUGUAGAAUUCCAUAGAAGUCCUCAAGCUCAUAACUACAGAACGUACACAACAGCUUCAUAGUAGAUACUAAAUAAUGAGCCUGCAGUUGAGGAAUUAACAUAUUAAAUGAAUUGUAGCUCAAAUGAUUGUUUAAAUGAUUGCUGCACGUCAUAAGUAUAUAUAUUCAAUACUAUUACGUUAACGUCACUAUAUUUUUAUAUUGACCACAAAUAGGCCUCUAUACAAUGCACUUUAGAAACUCUGCUGCUUUGUCCUUUGAUGUUAUUCAUUUCACGUCUGAUUGAUUCUAAUAGAAAGAUGGUUGUUUGGAGUCUGUGAUGGUGAGAUGCUGUAUGAGAUACUCUGUACGUCAAAUGUUCUUC